UUUUGGCAGCAGCCCCUCAGGGCAAGGGGAAGCUGAUAUCAUAAUUAUUGGCUCACCCGCAGCUGCCUCCCCUCACCUGAUGUCAGCACAGACCCGGGAAGGCCAAGCUGACGACUGACAGACGGACGGAGCUCCUGGCCCUCCUGGCCCCCCAGCCCCGGGCCCCCACGCCGACCUGCUUCACUGAGCAGGCCAGGACUGGGUGAUGGUGUCGCUGCUCCCGCCACAGUCUGACGUCACCCUGCCGGACCCCACCAGAUUGGAAGGCGAGCCCCAAGGGGAGGACCUCAUGCAAGCACCGGGCCUCCCAGGCUCCCCUGCCCCUCAGAAUAAGCAUGCCGGCUUCAGCUGCUCGUCCUUUGUGCCCGACGGCCCACCAGAGAGGGCACCCUCACUGCCGCCACAUAGCCCCAGCAUUGCAUCACCAGGCCCCGAACAGGUGCAGGGCCACUGCCCAACAGGCCCCAGCCUGGGCCCCUUCCGACCCUCACCCUCUGACAAGUACCCCAGUGGCUUUGGCUUUGAGGACAGCCCAGCAGGCAGCCCCGGACGUUUCCUCAAGGGUGGCCACGUGCCUUUCCAUCCGUACAAGAGGCAUUUUCACGAAGAUGUCUUCCCUGAGGCCCAGACCGCCCUGACACUGGAUGGACACUGCUUUAAGACCCCGGGGUCACUGGAGGACUUCGAGGAGAUCCCUGUGGAUAUUGGGGAUGCUGACACCUUCUUGCCUGGCUUCUCAGCAGAGGCCUGGUGCAACGGGCUCUCCUACCCCAGCCAGGAGCACAACCCCCAAAUCCUGGGGUCGGAGGUGAAGGUCAAGCCCUCAAUUUUGGAGAAUGGUCCUGGGAUGUACUGCUACCAGCCCCCCUUGCAGCACAUGUACUGUCCCUCCCAGCCUCCCUUCCACCAGUACUCACCAGGUGGUGGCAGCUAUCCUGUACCCUACCUGAGCUCCUCACACUACCCCUACCAGCGGAUCGCCCCCCAGGCCAGCGCUGACGGGCACCAGCCUCUCUUCCCCAAACCCAUCUACUCCUACAGCAUCCUCAUUUUCAUGGCCCUGAAGAACAGUAAAACCGGAAGCCUUCCUGUCAGCGAAAUCUACAAUUUUAUGACCGAGCACUUUCCUUACUUCAAGACAGCACCUGAUGGCUGGAAGAAUUCCGUCCGUCACAACCUAUCCCUGAACAAGUGCUUUGAGAAGGUGGAGAACAAAUCAGGAAGCUCCUCUCGCAAAGGCUGCCUGUGGGCCCUCAACCCAGCCAAGAUUGACAAAAUGCAGGAGGAGCUGCAGAAGUGGAAGAGGAAAGACCCCAUCGCUGUGCGCAAAAGCAUGGCCAAGCCAGAAGAACUGGACAGCCUCAUUGGCGACAAGAGGGAGAAGCUGGGCUCCCCGAUGCUCAGCUGCCCACCUCCUGGGCUGGCAGGCUCAGGCCCUAUCCGGCCCCUGGCACCCCCCGCUGGGCUCUCACAGCCGCUGCACUCCCUGCACCCAGCAGCAGGCCCCCAUCCUGGCAAGAACUCGCUGCAGGACCUACUCGGGGGACAUGCACCUUCCUGCUAUGGGCAGCCAUACUCACACCUCUCACCAGGCCUAGCCCCUCCUGGACCACCUCAGCCUUUGUUCCCUCAGCCAGAUGGGCACCUGGAGCUGCGGGCUCAGCCAGGCACCCCCCAGGACUCGCCUCUGCCCGCCCACACCCCACCUAGCCACAGUGCCAAGCUGCUGGCCGAGCCUUCCCCUGCCAGGACGGUGCCUGACACCCUGCUGCCAGACGGAGACCUUGGAACUGACCUGGAUGCCAUCAACCCCUCUCUCACCGACUUUGACUUCCAGGGAAAUCUGUGGGAACAGCUGAAGGAUGAUAGCUUGGCCAUGGACCCCCUGGUACUAGUGACCUCAUCCCCAACAUCAUCUUCCAUGCCACCCCCACCACCACACUGCUUCCCCUCUGGGCCCUGCCUGGCAGAGAUGAGCAGUGGGGCAGGAGAGCUGGAACCACCAGGAAGCGGGGGUUCUGGGGCAAUGGGUGACCUGCACCUGACCACACUCUACUCAGCCUUCAUGGAGCUGGAGCCCACACCCCCCACAGCCACAGCUGGCCCCUCUGUGUACCUCAGUCCCAGCUCCAAGCCCAUGGCACUGGCAUGA